UCGCUAGAAAGUGGUGCCGCCACCACCCGAGUCGCCGCCUUCUGCUGCGCGCACGCGUAGCCCAGCGCACACGGCGCUUGUCGCGCGACGCUCGGCGAGAGUUUUUGGUGGCGCGUCGCGCGCCAGUGGUUUUUGCGCUUUUUGUGGUAACGACAAAGCCGUGUUUUAAUUAGGAUAAAGGAUUGAUCUCUUGUGCAACGGCUGGGUUGUGGAACGCGAGGACUGCAGUUGGCGUCGAGACGUUGAAGUGCGCGCAGUGUGGUGUGCGUGUGGUGAAGGACGGCUUAGCUGUCUAGGAGCCGGGUCAUGCCAUUACCGAUCGGCGCCUGGUCCAGGACGAGCUGACCGCCCGAGUGGUGGUUGUGGCACUGGCGGCUCGUCGCUAGCCGGGACACAGGCACGUCGGCAGACAGUGCGGCGGAAGGAACUGUGAUAACGGAAACGGGGCGGAUUCGUCGGGCCAGAACGAGUCCUGUGCGUCCGUUGCCGGCGCUCAGGCCGGCAGGCUAAGGUCGAGAGCUCUCUGUCCACCUUUUGCCAAUCUGACUGACAUCGCUCGGUGUUCCACCUGUGGUCGUGGUCGACUGUGGUCGCGACCUGCGGUCGCAUCCUGUCGCCAUGGUGAAGGGCAAGACGAAGGGAGUUGCCACGAAGGCGGCAGUCCUGGAGCCGGACAUUCACUACGCAGAGGAGGCGGAUCCUCGCUCUCCGAAUCUUCCGGAGCCGCGUGUGCGCUGUGAUCCGUCGUCGCCUCCGGCAGAGGUCAGGUCACAGGUGAGGUCAGUGCGUCGGACGCCCAGGAAACGUUGUCGACGCUCUGAUGUCAGUCGUCGAUCACCUGUGAUUUCGUCGGCAUCUUCUGCAUCUUCACCAGCAACUCCUACAGUUCCCAUGAGUUUGGACUCUGUGCAAGCAUCAACAACACACACAGUAGCAUCGCCGGGAAGGACAGUCUCGGGAGUGAUACCAUCAUCCUCAUCAUCAUUGCCAACUGCUUCUUCAUCGUCACCUCAGGCAUUAGUGACGCCCUCGAACUCGAACGUUGCCCCAACGCCUUCUGUGCGAGUGAAGGCUGAACCUAUGUCUGAUACAGACGAGUGUCCAGUGCGAGUGAAGCAAGAACCUGACGAGUGUUCUGUGCGAGUGAAGUCAGACCCUGACGCGCCGCCACCUCCUCCGGCGCGCGCCCAAAAGCGACGCUCCGGUUCCCCGCCGAGGGACGAACAGGAUGUCCCGUGGUGGCAGGAGCCCAUCACUGCCAGCAUGUCCAUAGGAGGGCUGACUUUCCUUCAGACCGAGUCGGGACUGAGGAUAAUCAGCAACAACCGCGAGUUCUGGUACUGGGGCGUGCAGCUCGACCCGGACCUGUUGGUCACCAUAUCGUCACUCUAUCCAGAGUGGUUCAGGAAUUUCGACUUUGAACAGCUCGACAUGGCUGAGGGAGGGGGCUCCCCGCCCCCCAUCAUCCCCCUCUCGCCGCCGCAGGCAGAGGUGGAUGAGUCGCCGCUGCAGAAACAGAUGGAUCGAAAUAAAGAGUCUCUGAAGGUCAAAUUGAUGACCAGGAGACCCAUGAACCAACUGGUGGAUCAGGGCAUUUUACCAUCAUUGAAGGCAUCACCGGCACUCUACGAACAACGCCAGCGACUGGAGCGAGCCAAGACGGGCGACCUCCUCAAGGCCAAGAUCCAGCGCAGGCCAGACCGUCAGGAGCUAGUGCGUCAGCACAUUCUCGAAGACACUGGCAACGUGCACCCGGCUCUGGUGGAGAAGCAGCGACAGCUGAAGAAGGCUAGGCUCGCGGAUGCUCUGAAUGUUCAGCUGUCCCAUCGACCGGGUGUUCUGGAGCUCAUCAAGGCCAAUAUCCUGCACACGGAUGAGACGGUUGAGAAGGCUGUCAAAGAGGGCGCUAUCGACUUCCGUCCCACCUCCCAGGGCGAAGCGCGUCGAAAGCCGGCCGCCGCCUUCUUCCGCACAGAGGACGACUCGAGUUCAGACGCGGGCAGUCCGGACGGCGGCGCGCCGCCCCAGUCCCCUGCGGCGCCUCCUCCCAAACCUCCCCCGCCGCCGCCGCCGCCCCCGCCGCCCGUGUCGGCUAUCUCACCCAGCGCUGGGAGCAGUGUGAGCACUCUGAGCCCGCUGAGCAGCGUCAGCAGCCCGCAGUCGAUUGGAACCAUCAGCCCCGGACCGAGUGUGGCCGGUGCGUCCAUCCUCUCGGCCCGACCGGCCUCAGUUCUCUCCCACCUGGGUACGCCCCCACAGCGGUCCGAGGCGCCCGGGAAGGAACUCCACCACAAGAAGAAGAAAAAGUCGACGAAGAUGACGCCCAAGGCUAAGACUAUCAAGUUCCAUGAGUAUAAGGGUCCGCCGAACGCCACCAAGGCCUCUCAGUCCCUACCCACGGCUGCCGACGGGGAGAGUUCGUACGAGCUGCUCCUUCAGCAGCAGCAGCUGUUCCUGCAGUGGCAGCUCGAGUGGCAGCACAAGUACCCCCAGAUAAUCCUCCCGGCGUCACAGAAGCCCAUCAGCUCCGCCACGGGUUCGUCCACGACCACCACAGUCAGCCAGACGGCCUCGGUAGCCGGGGCGGCACCUUCUCCACCGCCGCCGCCGCCACCGCCACCGCCGCCCAGCGACCCGAGAUUCGCUAAACUGGAGGAGAUGAAGGUUUCCGACCUGCGCGUCGAGCUCAAGAAGCGCAACCUGCCCGUGUCUGGCAGCAAGCCACAGCUGAUUGAGCGACUGAAGCCGUUCGUGGACCAGAUCUCUGCGUCAUCGAGCCGCGCACAGUCACCGGCCGUACGAUCGGCUACGGCCAGCCCCUCGGCAGUGCCCGCGGCGGUUGUGCCGUGCUCCACUGUGACCACGGUAAGCAUCCCGAUCUCAAUGGCUACCGUUCCGGCGGGGGUCAGCCGACUGAUCCUGGAUACGGGACAACUGCAGGUGGCCGAUGGACAGGUGAAGGUACAUCUUCAGUCGGUUGUGUCGCAGCCCCUUCAGCAACAACAGCAACAGCAGCAGUCACAGCAACAACAGCAACAACAAGAACAAGCUCAGCAGCAGCAGCAGCAGCAGCAGCAGCAACAGCAACAGCAACAGCAAACCGUCCAGUUUGUACCGGACGUGGUAUCGAUGGCGAUUGCCUCUGCCAGUCCGGCCAGCGUGGGCUCGAUACACAGCUGCUAUGACGAUACGUCCCAGUCGCAGGCCGACUUCGGUCACAGUCAGGGCUCGGAGGGGCCCGUGUCGCCCGUCUUUGACGUGGCCAUGACUCCGGGCGACGCGCCCAUGGAGCUCGAGGAGGUCUUCGACGCCGCGCCGCCUCCCCCACCGCCUCCCCCGCCCCCGCCUCCGCCUCCUCCCCCACCUCCCCCGCCCCCUCCCCCGCCCCCGUCCCAGCCGGCCCCCUCCCCGGGCCCCAGUCAGCAUAUAGUGACGGAGGAGGCCAUUCAACAGCAGCGGCGGCGAGUGGAGGAACUGAAAGAGGAGCUGCAGCGGAGCCAGCACAUUCUCCAGCAGCAGCAGAACCUACUGCGUCUGCAGAGCGGUCAGCAGCAGCAGGCGGCCACCAGCCAGCAGCAGACGAGUCAGUCCCCGCCGGCCGGGCAGGCGCCACCAGACGCCAAACGGCUGCUCCUUCAGCAACACCUACAGCAGAAGGUGGCGGCGCAGAAGCUGCAGACCCAGCUGCAGAUGCUGAGACAGCUGCAGACCCUCCAGCAGCAGCAGCAGCAGCAGCAGCAGCAGCAACAGCAGCAGCAGCAACAGCAACAACAGCAGCAGCAGUUGCAGCAGCAGAACCAUGUCACGUCACAUCAGAGGACUGUCUCUCUUCCUACCUUUGCCGGUCUUCUAACGCAGCUGCAGCAGCACCAGCAGCUGUCUCCCAGUCAGCAGGAGCAGCCGUCGGGCAGCCCUGCUGACCAGCAGUCUCAGCAGCAGCAGCAGCAGCAGCAGCAGCAGUCUCACCGGCCCCUUCACAGGACGUACACGGAGCCGGGUGGAUUUGUACGGCCGCCGCCGGACUAUGUCGAGGCGACGCGCACCAAACCCUCCACCAGCCAUAAGUCGGCUCGUCGCUCGUCACGCAGUCAGGCCGUUGAUGAUGUACUGGAGAUACUCAUCAAGAACGGAGAGCUGCCUCCCAGUGCUGCGAUCGAGCCGUCGGGCGGCCAGCGGGCUGCCCCGGAACCGACCCCCGCCGCCGCCUCCGUCUCCGCUCCCUGCACGCAGUCCGCCAGUGACUUAUUCGCCGACCUGGCCGAGCUUGGCUCCAUCGAUGAGCUAGAGCUAGCCGAGCUAGAGGCGAUGGAGCUACAGCCGGCUCCGGAGCUAAAGCGGGAGGUCAACACACCGGAGCCACAGAUGGUUCAGCCGGUGGAGAGUAGCUCUUACCACCCUCCUCCAGAUGCUGAUUUCGAUAUGGAAGAGAUGCUGGAUACGUGGCUUCCUGCCAACAGCGAUUCGCACAACAGUCGAGACCCGCUUCUGCCAAGCGCGGCGGAUCCACUCCAGAUGCUUCUGAUUGAUGGAGUCGAUUUAAAGAUGGGGGGCGUGGACAGCAACUCUUCCAUGCAGUGGGACCGGCUGGAUUUUCCCGCGUAAUACGUGGACUUUCCCGCGUAAUACGUGACACGGUGAGGAGCGAGGAUGGGAGAUUUGAUGUCCAAUGGUGCUCAACGGCCACGAAAUCUCGCGCGCCGGACUGAGGGGGACGACAGAAGCGGUGCGGGACACCGCACAGUGCCAAAAAACGGCGCGAAAAUGGCCAAUUCGUGGGCCAGGUCUUUCUAUACGAUUUAAUGAGGUCUGCUGCGGGGGAGCGACGCAGGCAGCUAGAGGGGAGGAAUAAAAAGAGAGAGGGAUGGGAGGGCGCGACUGUUAAUGUCUAUAAGAAUGUGUGAGGGCGUUCUAAGAGUGAUUUUAUGCGAUGUUACGGAUGGAUAAAGACAGUGAUGUGUUGAGCGAUAAAAGCCACGAUAGAGUUGGCGCACAUUUGACUGAGAGGUCUAGUCGGGUCCAAUGAGGGAAUGACGGCAAAAGCCACGCGCGGAGAUGGGGCGGGCCCGAGCCGCUAUUUUACGCCGGUGGCGUUAACGCUCCAAUCAUAUCUCGUGAGGGAUCAGUGGGCCGCGUGCCGAUUCCAGCGGCUGGCGCGGCGCGCAGUGCGUCGUGUCACGUUUGUUGUUUGUUUUUUUUUUCUAACCAUUCCACAUGUGUUCUGCGCCCGCUUAGCGUUCAGCAGUCCUGUAGCUAACCCGGCAGAUGCCUAGCCCGCUAAUUUGUACAAAGCCAGCGUGGCCGUCCCUCCCCUUCAUUCGGUGCGAUCCCGUUGUCUGGGCUACUAACCCGUUAGACGUUGUGAUAACUGUAGCUAGUGUCGCCCGGUGUGUGUAAAUAUGUAUUGGAGUUUCGGGCGACGGCCGCGUGUGGCGCUGCGGUGCUGAUAUAGGUGGCGCUGCGGUCGCCCGUUUGUGCAGAGUGGUUCAGUGGAUCAUGAAGGGUUUUAUCGCGACAAAGCAGAGAAGAGCCAUAGUAUGAAGGAGGGCAUGGGGACCUGGGGGUGUUUCGCACAACCACACCUGCCAUUUGGUGCUCUUGUUCCCAAUGUUGAUGUAUUUGUAAAAGGAGACGGCUUGGCGCCGCCAAAACUGUAAUUCUGUACAUACACCUACAGAUCUUGUUCCGUUGCCUCAAUAAAUUGAGAUAGGCGCAU